AUGAUAUCCGCCGACGGCCUAGAGGCAACUUGGACAUUUGCUCAAGCAUUUACUUCUUCUUUCCAAGCGUCUUGUUCUGAACUUGCCUCUCGUCUUAAAGAUGCAAAUGCAGAUUCCGUACACUCCAUCGCUGGAGAAAUACAGGCUCUCAACAAGCGUUUGACUGAAGCCACGGGGAGGCUUCCAAGCUAUGAUCAAAGACAAUGCGAACUGCAACUCAAAGCAUUAGAAAAGUCACUCGAAGGAUUACGAUCAUUGGCCGCAGGGAAAACGAAAUUCGCCUUUAAACGGAAGGCUAAGAUACCAUCAUCAGCAUCUGCAGAGACUGCGGCACAGCCUACUCCUGUGAUUGCACCAGCAAUACCUGUAACAAUCAUAUCUAGUGCCUCCAGAACGAUAUCAGACCGCUCCAAUUGUUAUCUCUCUAGAUCGUGCCUUUCUGGCACCAGCACAUCCGCGGAUCAAAUAGAGUCAACCCUGUCUGCUGUUUCCCUCUCAGCGCUCCACAUCCGCGAUAUUCAGAAUUCAAUUCUGAUUCUCGGGACCGUCGAUGGAAGUAUCAUGUUACACGACCUAACAAAUUGCGUGGUUGUUGCUAGAUGUCACCAGUUUAGGAUGCACAAUUCUACUGCCGUCGAUGCGUAUCUUGACAUUACGUCGAAUCCAAUCAUCGAGAGCUGUGAUCAUGUGAGGUUCGGAGCGUACCCGAGCGAGCUGAAGACAACCGCUGAUCAACAACCUCUGGUUGUCAACGACCGUACCGAACUCCCUUUCUUGCCCCAGGAUUUCUCUCAUAUUCGCGCCACACCAUCACCCCAUUGGAGAGCGCUGGAAGAAGACGAGCUGGUUCAUGACUGGCCCCUUUCAGAGAACCAUUACGCUGUCCAAGUCGGAAGGGCGCUGCCUCGUCCCCAAACAUGA